CAUCACUUCGACAGUAUUACGUCUUUGACAUCCCGACCUGUGAGAGGCAGCACUGUGCCACAAAGCCUGUCGUCUGCCGGAAAUUCUGCCAAGAAGAAGAAGAAGAAUAUCCCAUCUGGGGUCUUUUUGUGUUUAAUAGUAGAAGACAUUCUUGUUACAGUGCUCCAGCUGUUGGCGAAUAAAACCAAAUGGCUGGCAGCAGAUUGGAGAGGUUUGGAACUGUAUUCACCCGGGUUCGGGAUCUUAUACGUGCUGGGAUCAUAAAGCCAUCACAGAAACCCAUCUGGUAUGAUGUAUAUGAGGCGUUUCCACCCAAGAGGGAACCACUCUACGUGAAGCCACACACCAGAACCUGUACCAAGAAACGGGACACUGUGCCUGAAAUCUUCUACAAAGAGGAUGAAGUCAGAGCGAAGUUCUAUGAGCAGUAUGGGAUGGGUCCUCGAGCUUUUAUGCUUUCCAGUACAAGCUUUGUUUCUGUAUCUCAGAGGUUUAUAGACAAGUACACAGAGUUAAAGAGCAACAGUGAGCUGGAUGAUAGUGCUUUGUUUGAGGAGACUGGGAAGGCUUUACUCGCAGAAGGCAUCAACCUUAGAAGGAAAGAAGCUCUUCCUGAGUCAGCAGAGUUCAGGGAUCCAGUGCUGGAGCUGAAACUAACGGACAUGUUGGCGGAGCAACAGUCAGUCAAUGCUGGCAGUGAGGAGACAACAGACACCACACACACACACCAUAGACCUCAGCAGGGAUGAGCUCCACAUUCUCUACAACAGAUGAUAUGCUGUUGAACUUUGAGAAGCUGUUUUUGCUGCAAAUGUGAAAUUAAAGUUGUCUUUUUAACAUG